AUGGAGCGUUUCAGAACCACUGUCCACGGAGCGUUUCAGAACCACUGUCCAUGGAGCCAUUCAGAACCACUGUCCACGGAGCGUUUCAGAACCACUGUCCACGGAGCGUUUCAGGACCACUGUCCACGGAGCGUUUCAGAACCACUGUCCACGGAGCUAUUCAGAACCACUGUUUACGGAGCUAUUCAGAACCACUGUCCACGGAGCGUUUCAGAACCACUGUCCACGGAGCGUUUCAGAACCACUGUCCAUGGAGCCAUUCAGAACCACUGUCCACGGAGCGAUUCAGAACCACUGUCCACGGAGCGUUUCAGGACCACUGUCCACGGAGCGUUUCAGAACCACUGUCCACGGAGCUAUUCAGAACCACUGUUUACGGAGCUAUUCAGAACCACUGUCCACGGAGCGUUUCAGAACCACUGUCCACGGAGCGUUUCAGAACCACUGUCCAUGGAGCCAUUCAGAACCACUGUCCACGGAGCGUUUCAGAACCACUGUCCACGGAGCGUUUCAGGACCACUGUCCACGGAGCGUUUCAGAACCACUGUCCACGGAGCUAUUCAGAACCACUGUUUACGGAGCGUUUCAGAACCACUGUCCACGGAGCGUUUCAGAACCACUGUCCACGGAGCGUUUCAGGACCACUGUCCACGGAGCGUUUCAGAACCACUGUCCACGGUGCGUUUCAGAACCACUGUCCACGGAGCAUUUCAGAACCACUGUCCACGGAGCCAUUCAGAACCACUGUCCACGGAGCGUUUCAGAACCACUGUCCACGGAGUGAUUCAGAGCCACUGUCCACGGAGCCAUUCAGAACCACUGUCCACGGAGCGUUUCAGAACCACUGUCCACGGUGCCAUUCAGAACCACUGUCCAGGGAGCCAUUCAGAACCACUGUCCACGGGGCGUUUCAGAACGACUGUCCACGGAGCGUUUCAGAACCACUGUCCACAGAGCGAUUCAGAACCACUGUCCACGGAGCCAUUCAGAAAAACUGUCCACGGAGCCAUUCAGAAAAACUGUCCAUGGAGCUAUUCAGAACCACUGUCCACGGAGCCUUUCAGAACCACUGUCCACGGAGCGUUUCAGAACCACUGUCCACAGAGCGAUUUAGAACCACUGGCCACGGAGCCAUUCAGAACCACUGUCCACGGUGCGUUUCAGAACCACUGUCCACGGAGCCAUUCAGAAAAACUGUCCACGGAGCCUUUCAGAACCACUGUCCAUGGAGCGUUUCAGAACCACUGUCCACGGAGCGUUUCAGAACCACUGUCCACGGAGCGUUUCGGAACCACUGUCCACGGAGCUAUUCAGAACCACUGUCCACGGAGCGAUUCAGAACCACUGUCCACGGAGCCAUUCAGAAAAACUGUCCACGGAGCGUUUCAGAACCACUGUCCACGGAGCCAUUCAGAAAAACUGUCCACGGAGCUAUUCAGAACCACUGUCCACGGAGCCUUUCAGAACCACUGUCCACGGAGCGUUUCAGAACCACUGUCCACAGAGCGAUUUAGAACCACUGUCCACGGAGCCAUUCAGAACCACUGUCCACGGUGCGUUUCAGAACCACUGUCCACGGAGCCAUUCAGAAAAACUGUCCACGGAGCCUUUCAGAACCACUGUCCAUGGAGCGUUUCAGAACCACUGUCCACGGAGCGUUUCAGAACCACUGUCCACGGAGCGUUUCGGAACCACUGUCCACGGAGCUAUUCAGAACCACUGUCCACGGAGCGUUUCAGAACCACUGUCCACGGAGCGUUUCAGAACCACUGUCCACAGAGCGAUUCAGAACCACUGUCCACGGAGCGUUUCAGAAAAACUGUCCACGGAGUGUUUCAGAACCACUGUCCACGGAGCGUUUCAGAACCACUGUCCACGGAGCGUUUCAGAACCACUGUCCACGGAGCGUUUCAGAACCACUGUCCACGGAGCGUUUCAGAAAAACUGUCCACGGAGCCUUUCAAAACCACUGUCCACGGAGGCUGUAGACCCAGGACUGAGGCUGUAGACCCAGGACUGAGGAUGUAG